AUGAGUUCCGAUAACAAAACCAUUCUGGACUGCCCUCUCGAGUCUCAAAGCGCGGACUCGAAUAUGGCUGUCGGCGGAACCACAACCGCCAACACUGUCCUCGAUACUGCGGUGAAUAGCAACGAGUGCAGCAUCCAAGAGGCGCCAGCAGAACCGAAACUGAAAGGCUUUAUGCGCCUCCCAGCAGAGAUCCGCCUCCAAAUCUACGAAGACCUCUUCACUCCUUCUCCUGGCAUUAUCGCGAAAUGCCAUCCCGCAGAGCAGACUUGCCGCUUGACUCCUGCCAAAAUCUCCACAGACCUCGCCAAUACCACGCCGUUGUCCGCCAUCUCCACCCGCCGCACCUACGGGUGCCACUGCGACUACUGCAAAUUCAGCAGUGCCCUCCUUCUCACGAACCACCAAAUUUGCUCUGAGGCAGCACCAGUCCUCGAGUCCACAUUCCAAUUCGGACUCAACCUCAAAAUGGAAUGGUGGCAAUUCACCUGGGCCAAGUUUGAUCUUGAAUCAACCGGUCUCUGGGGCCUGAAAGAUGACUACACACAAAACGUCCCAAAGUUCGUGAAGGUGUGCGUGAUCCAUUUCGACUACUUCGAGCCAGAAAGCAUCCUUGAAAUGGACAGCAUGCGUCAGGUCGCCAGAGAUUUGGCGUUCCUCCAUCAUUUGGCGGAUCAGGUCAAGUUUGUUGUGGAAGUGCACAUUGCACUUGCGUUCGAGGAGAGACAAGUGGGUUGGUCGGAGGCGGUCAGUGAGAAGAGCGAGGCAAGUGAGCAGUUCGUUACCGAGCAGGAGACUAAAGCACAGGAAAUGAAGGCCGAGUUGAUCGAAGGUUUGAUGGAGGAGUUCGAGCUGAAGGAGAAGAAGUUUAGGAUGUUGGAUGGGGAGUGA